AUGGACCGCAAUAAGGGAAAACAGCCUGUUGGGCAAUCAUCAGACGAAGAACUCGCUCUUCAGCUGUGGGAAGAGGAACUAGACAAUUACAACCGAUCUCUCGAGGAUGAACGACUUGCGAGAAGCAUUGCUCGAGCUGUAGUCGAUGACGGCGUCGCAGUCACAACCGCAAGGCAAGAAGAGCUCCGUGCCUCUGACGAUCAUAGACUCGCUCUCGAACUGUCCGGACAGCCUGUACCCCCACCACAGCAGCCCCAGCCCCACGAUCAAUCAGUUGCGGUCCAGCUUUCUGAAGACAAAAUGAAGGACUACAUUGAUUUGACGCUUGCAGACACCGACUUCGACCUUCUCCCCACGAGAGUUGCUAGUCAGCACGCAGAAGCUGAGAGCUCCAGGAACCCUAAGCGUUGUUGCAUCGCUGGCCCUUCCAAUGAGGGACUCCUUUAUGAGUGUGCCGUGUGCACAGAACUUGUUCCGUCGACAGAUAUAAUCCCAGCUCCCUGCAGCCACACAUACUGCCGGAUCUGUGCAGUAAGACUGUUCCAAGAUUCCAUGACAGAUGAGACCCUGUUCCCGCCUCGUUGCUGCAGAAAGGAGAUUCCACUCUCACUUGUCAGUGGGUUCCUCGGUUUGGCGCGGAGCCAGCAAUUCGAGGAGAAGGCCAUCGAGUUCAGCGACCCGCAUCGUACCUACUGUUCAAACCCCUCGUGCUCCGAAUACAUCUUUCCGUAUUCAGUGUCUUCUUAUAUCGGCACGUGCAGUCAUUGCUCCUCCAGAACGUGCAUGCGGUGCAAGAAGCCCGCGCACGAGGGUGACUGCCCCGACGAAGACGAAGAGCUCCUACAACUUGCCGAGCGUGAGGGUUGGCGGCGUUGCUUUCAGUGCAGAAAUAUGAUUGAGCUUGGAACAGGUUGCAAUCACAUCACCUGUCGCUGCGGUGCUGAGUUCUGCUACGCGUGCGGUACCAAAUGGCGGCAGUGCCGAUGCGAGUUGUGGGAUGAGAACAGACUGGUUGAUAGAGCUCGCUAUCUCGUUGACCGCGGCAGGGACCCCGCUCAACCUGCUCAGCCGGCGAGACCAGAACAGGUCCAGCAGAUGGUACAGCGGUUACUUGAACGACAUGAAUGCGAUCACGAAGAGUUCUGGCCGCGCGUCCCAGGGGCUCAUCAGUGCGAGGAAUGCCGCGACCAUCUUCCGAACUAUAUCUUGCAAUGUGGACAGUGUGGGAUUCGAGCUUGUCGGAGAUGCAGGCUGAACCGGUUGUAA